AUGCACAAAGGCUCUAGCAACGACCCGGCCAUCAGCAUCACCCUAAAAUUCCCAGAUCCAACCCUGAACUUUCCCUUGGCGCAUGAUUCUGCGUCGCUUUGUAGCAGCCAAAGAAGCCUCUUUGUCCCCUCAGUGUCGCGGACUGCAAAGUCUGUGUUUUCCAUGCGCCUAGAUGCGGAAUCUGAAUUGCGUUUACAGAAGACUGACAGAAUCGUUAUAAAGGAAGUGUCGAUCCCCGACUGCAGUGUCGAUCGCCGCCUAUAUUCAGCGCGGGCGAAAAAUAAGGAGAGUACUUUGUCCGAGGGCAAUCACAUGCAGGCACCGAUGGCCGGUCUAAGCCACGUUCACCAAUUCAGUCCCAGUCCAGUCGCGUCCGAAUUCGUUGCUGCGGGGUCUGGGCCUGAGUGCGACUGGCUGUGCAGAUAUGGACGAUGGCGUAGAGGACUCGCCCAACACACUGGAUACGACAAACUGCUGCACAAGAGGCCCAUGAACACGACCAUAUCCUCUACGAACACGACCAUAUCCUCUGUGGAUCCCUGGUCUUCACCCCUGGACAUGGAGUCGACCAUGACACAGGUGGAUAAUGCCGCUGAUGCCAACUACAACGAUAUGGGGCUCAUUGAGGAUGAAUUCGCCGAGUGCGAUGAAGUCCACCGUCUUGGUGACCAAGCGAACAUCCCGAGGCUUUCUCCGGCGGGAAGCAACUUUGAGAUGAUCAGUUCGAUGGACACGCCAAUAUCGCCGCGCACUCUCGCAAGCCCCUGCGGGAGUUCGGACUUUGAAAUGAUCCCGCAGUCGCCAUCCAUUUCCUGGCUUUACGAUGGAGCACCCUCGGACACAUUGUCGCAGCACCAUCUCUCUUUAUUGAUCAACCCUCGGACUACAAGCAUGAUUAAGUCGGUGAGCUCGCCGGGAUGUCUCAUAACGAGCGGUCCGUCAUUGUUUUCUCCGCCACCGGUGCACUUUCACCAAAAGUUUUUCGAGUCGCGCCGUAUCAACAUGUCGCCCUUCAGGAGCUCGAGCGAUCCGCCAGCUGCGGCUAAGGAUAAUUGUCUACACGCGUAA